UAUAUAUGUGUCAAUAUAUACCGAAAAUAAUAUAUCAAAUGUAUUUCCCCUUCUCGGGAUAUUCAACAGUAUUUAACAGAAAUUAGUGUGUAUGACGUAAUUACGUAUAUAUAAAUCGUUAAUACGAGACGUAUAUUCAAAAACCACACAUUGAAAUGAAAGAAGAUAGGAUUAUAUAGCGAGGAAAAGGAAAUGAAAACAAUCAUUGUAAUAAAUUAUCCAUGAGCAAAAGGAAUUGAAGCAUUACUUUAAAAUGGGAUCUUCAAAUUCAAAAAAGAUAGAGGAGGCGAAAACAACUGGGGUAAAACACGGGAAAUUGUCAAAUGCGGCGAUACCAGACCCUUUGCAGAAGCAACGGCAUCAGGACGGCACAUCAUUAAAUAAUAUACCAAAACCGUCAGUGGUAUUUUCCAGUGAACAUCGUUUUGGAAAAGCAAGCACUCUGAAGACAAAACAAAUAAAGAAACACGUAAUUGCUGCCAUUGAAAUUGGAUACACACAUUCAGGAUAUGUAUUUUGUUUGGGUAAAAAGUUUGCGUUUGACGGAGGAGGUCUAUUUUGUCCAAACUGGGAAGCAAAAGACAAAGGAGUAGUUUCCUUCAAAACAUCCUCAGCGAUUUUGUUCCGACCUGAUAAAUCUGUUCAUAGUAUAGGUUACGAAGCAGAGGAACAUGUCAGCAGAAUUCAAUGUGAACCAGAUUCUGGAAAAUGUUUCUUUUUCAAAAACUUCAUGGUGGAGUUUAACAAUCUCAAGGGUACAGCUUUUGAAGAUUUUAAAAUAAAAGAUUUUUGCCAAAAUAAUGUUACGAUGAAAGCAGUAGAUGUUAUAUCUAGCUUCAUUUCUCAAAUAAAAGACAAACUGAUCAUUGAACUAGGAAGACGACAACUAGGGUACAACGAAAUGGAUAUACAGUGGAUGUUAACCACACCUGGGUCUUUAGAACCCUCCUAACUCCAACUUUUAAACACCGCCGCUAUAAAGGGUGGUAUUAAACAAGAUCAAUUGACUCUUGUACAGGGACCCGAAGCCGAGCUAAAGUAUCAUCAAAUAUUUACAAGUUCACCAUCUACAUUUGGCGAAGAACAGAUUGCACCACUUCCAAAAACCUUCAGAGCGCUCUUAGUACAUUUAGGAGGUGUAGCUAUCGACUUGACUGUAGUAGAAGUCAAAAGAAGAGAAGACAAAUAUCAUUGAGACAAUGUAUCAUACAAAUGAAAGCGCAAAACAAGAGUUUAUUAGAUUUUUAAAACGCUUAUUUGGAGGGGACGUUUUGAACUAUUUAAAAGAUUAUCAUCCAUUGGAGUACGCUGAAUUUCUAGAUAAUUUUGAAAAGAAACUGAAGUAUUUCGAGUCAGAUAAAAUAGUUACUGUUCGUGUUCCUCCUAGAUGGUACGAUGCAUAUGAAGAAUGCACAGGUGACACACUGCCUAAUACAAUAAACCAAACAGCAUUCAAAGAAUCAGUGUCAUUUCAGAAUGAUAAAAUAAGGAUGAGUCCAGAGUUGUUCAGAAAGUUUAACGAAAAUGCUACAGAAUUUACUACUGAAAUGGUAGAAAAGACGUUAGCAAAGCAUUCAGCGUCAGGAAUUGGCUUUCUAUUUAUAGCAGGUGACCAUGUAGACGACAUGUUUGUAAAUACAUUAAAAAAACAAUAUCCGGGUCAUAGGAUUAUUGUUUCUAAGAAUCCAGAACUUGCUGUUUUGAAAGGAGCUGUUUUGUAUGAGAUAGUAGAAUAAACGUUAAUUGUACGAAAUUAAUUUAUCACACACAUAAAUGGGUAUUGUUUUUUUUCCUCCUUAA